AUGCCGAGUCAAUACGAGGAAGAACGAGUUUGGGAAGGGUCUAACCACAACCAAUACGAAGAAGAAGGUGGUGAAGAUGUUAUCGAUAACCCUGAAGAAGUGCUGCAAGAAUGCUUGGAAAAAUUUAAGACACCUGAUUAUAUCAUGGAACCAGGUAUAUUUGGACAGUUAAAACGAUACUUCCAAGCGGGAGGAAAUCCCGAGCAAGUUAUUGAACAGCUGUCUAUAAAUUACAAUGCUGUUGCACAAAUGGCAAAUUUAUUAGCUGAGUGGUUAAUACUUGGAGGUGUUAAAGUGACCGAAGUACAGGCUAUGGUGGAAAAUCACCUUAAGGAUAUGAUUUUAAAAACUUUUGACCCUAAAAAAGCAGAUACUAUUUUUACUGAAGAAGGUGAAACACCAGCAUGGUUGACAGAAAUGAUUGAACAUCCAACGUGGAGGUCUUUGAUAUACAGAUUGGCUGAAGAAUAUCCAGAUUGUCUAAUGUUAAAUUUUACAAUUAAGUUAAUAUCAGAUGCUGGUUUCCAAGGGGAAAUCACAAGUAUUUCUACAGCAGCACAGCAAAUUGAAGUGUUCUCUAGAGUGCUUAAAUCAGCUAUUGUGGGAUUUCUGCAAAGUUCAGAUGAUUGGCAGAACAGUGUUAAUGAAUGUGCUAAAAUGGUCUGCCAUGGUGCUCAUACAUAUGUAUAUAGUCAAGUAAUUGUACACAUUUUAUCACAAGAGCCAAGAGGAGGUGCAAUCAUGAAAAGACUAGGACAAGAAAUAACACGAUGUGCUCAACAAAGUGGGCAUGAUGUUACUCCAAUUACACUAGCGCUGACAGCUGGUGAAUCUUGGCGUAGCGCGCGAACGGCACUGGCGGCUAUGUUAUCUCGUGGCGCACUAAACCCUGCCGAUAUUUCUGUGCUAUUCCGCGCCUAUACCCAACCUGAACCGCCGCCAGUUCAUUUAUUGAGAAUACCACAAUUUUUAGAACUCCUGGUAGAUUCAUUAUUUAAAUCGGGGAGUAAAUUAAAUCCCGAACACAAAUCAAAAUACAUGUAUUUGUUGGCCUAUGCUGCAAGUGUAUGUGAAGGCGUGACUCCAGGCAGACCGGUUAAAGAUGAAUUAAAAGCAACAGUACAAGCAAUAGAAAAAAUACACGCAGUCUGCAGCAGCUCAGCCAGUUCAAGUGAACUGAUCGCAGAAUUACCUACGUUAUAUCAUUGUAUAAGGUUCCCCGUUGUUGGUAUGGGCGUUUUAGUGUGGGUAGAAUGUGUCGUAACGGAGCCUUCUUAUUUCAAACUAUGCACGGAGCAUUGUCCAGUACAUUUGGCUUUAUUAGACGAAGUCGCUUCGUGCCACCAGUUACUUCAUCACAGACUUUUGAGAUUACUUAUACAACUUUUUGAAUCACCGCAAGAUGAGUUGGAAAUAUUAGUGCAGCUUGAAUUGAAAAAAAUGCUUCUUGACCGCAUGGUUAAUUUACUCAGUCGUGGCUGUGUGGUGCCCGUGCUUCGAUAUAUUAAACAAUGUUGGCAACGUGGCGAUACAGACAUAUCACUCAUUAGAUAUUUUAUCACAGAGGUACUUGAUGCAAUAGCGCCACCUUAUACUCAGGAGUUUGUUCAGUUAGUUUUGCCAAUGGUCGAAAAUGAAGAAAUAACCGGAACAAUGCGAGCUGAAGGCGAGAAUGACCCAGUUUCAGAAUUCAUAGUUCACUGCAAGGCGCAUUAUGUCAGUACAUAA